GGGAGGGGAUUGGGCGGCGCGGGCGGGACUUCCGGCGAGGGAGUGUCCGCGCCCGGGACGGCGGUGGCGGUCAGCGAAGCCGGGAAGCAUGGCGGGCCGCAGAGCUGCCAUCAAGGCCAUCGACUGGGCGGCCUUCGCCGAGAGGGUCCCCCCGAGCCAGCGGGCCAUGUUCAACGCCCUCAAGACCCGCAGCGACGCGCUCUCGGCCCGGCUGGCGGCCCUGCCGGAGAAGCCCCCCACCAUCGACUGGGCGCACUACAAGGCUGUGGUUGCCAAAGCUGGCAUGGUGGACGAGUUCCAGAAGAAAUUCAGUGCUCUAAAGGUUCCUGAACCAGUGGACACGCAAAGCGCCAAAAUUGAUGCCCAGGAGCAGGAAGCUUCAAAGAGCUGUGUAGAAUACGUGCAGGCUUCCAAAGCUCGGAUUGCCCAGUACGAGCAACAGCUUCAGAAGCUCAGAAGCAUGAUUCCGUUCGAGCAGAUGACCUUGGAAGACUUGCACGAAGCGUUCCCUGAAACCAAACUGGACAAGGAGAAGUACCCAUACUGGCCCCACAAACCGAUUGCUGAUCUGUAAGCUGCUCUGAGCAGUUCGUUUAACAACUGCCAGGCUCUAGGGUCUCUUAAAUAAAAUGCUUUCCCUCCUG